CCCUACUUUUAAACUUCCCCAUGUCUCUUGCAUGCACCAACGAGGCCAUCAUCGUUGAACACCAUAACAAAGAGUGUUGCUAUAUAUUAUAGUUUCGUAGGGUAUAUGUAGUGCAUGCCAUAACCUCUGCUAUUAUACUGAGUCUGAGGGUUAUGGAAGAAACUGGGAAGCAACGUGGAAAAGAAGUGAACGAAGGCACCUCAAACACUUAUAAAGAACGUCCCAUUUCUCCACUUGAUCUAGGUUUGUUCGACAAAUGGAAUCGAUUUCGUAGUUUCUUAGUGAUUUUGUCCAAAAGGGUCAAAAAGAAAGUUCCCCCUUUUACUAGAUCGGAUACAAAGGAUUCAAUUGACAGAGAUGCUGUGCUUGCAAGGGUUGAAUCAGAGAAAAGAGUAGCUUUAAUCAAAGCCUGGGAAGAAAGUGAAAAAACAAAAGCAGAAAACAGAGCAUAUAAAAGGCACAAUGCCGUUGUGUUGUGGGAGAAUAGUAAGAAAGCAUCAGCGGAGGCACAUCUGAAGAGAAUUGAGGAAAAAUUGGACAGAAACAAGGCGAAGUGUGUGGAGAAGAUGCAAAAUAAAGUUGCAGAAAUUCACCGAACAGCAGAAGAGAAAAGGGCAAUGAUAGAAGCGUACAAGGGAGAAGAAUUUCUGGAAAUAGAGGAGAAAGCUGCAAAGUUUCGAACUCGUGGAUAUUCUCCCAGGAAAUUUCUUCCAUGCUUUGGCAGUUAAAGCUCAACAUCUUCUCCUUUUCUUGUUAAAGGUUCAAAAUUCGCUCUUUGUUUGUUCUUCCUUUGUAAUAAGAGCAGCAAUUCGCUUGUUACACAAACAAGGGAUCAUGUUAUCUGGUAAGGACGAGAGAUCGAGUCAUUCAAAAAUAUAUAAAAACAAUUUGAGCCAUUAUUUUAAAAUAAAAUUCAUUUCAAAAUUUUGUAAAAA